ACUUCCGGGUUGGCUCUGCGGGGUUUUGUUGUCCCUCCGCCCGCAGAGCUGUUCUCUGGACCCGAGGCUUGUUUUUGGAAGCUCGGCCCUCGGCUGUAGUUUCCACACGGACCACACACCCACGACUGGCUCGUCGGAACCGAGGCGGCGGCGGCGGCGGAGAGAGGCAGCGCGAGCAGCGGGGCCGCGGAGAGCAGCUGGCCGGGGAUCGGUGAGGCUGGGCUGGGGCUGAGAUACCAGGAGGAGACUCCCACCCCACGGUUGAUCUGUUUUAACCUCUCAAGCCUCCAAACUACCCGGGGACUUCAGGGGAACUGUCUGCAGAGCCGCCGGGAGACUGCGAGAUGAGUGAAAUUGCCUCGAUGAGAUUUCCUGUGCUGAAACUGGAAAAGAGAAGUGUAUGUGGUCGGAGCCACGGGUGUUGUAGGAUGAGGAGCCCGUCGCACCGCACCAGGGACAUCGAGCGCCAAGCUGGCUACCUGAAGCCCGAGCACUGUGCCCCUCCCCCGCUCCGCAACAGCUCCGACACCAUGUGGUUCAUCCGCGACGGCUGCGGCAUCGUCUGCGGCGUCAUCACCUGGCUCCUAAUCUUCUACGCCGAGUUCGUGGUGGGGUUUGUAAUGCUGCUGCCGGCCAAGAACAUUCUCUACAGCUUCUUCAACGGGGCGCUCUUCAGCACCCUCGGCUUCCUCGCCCUCGCCUCUCACGCCAAGGCCAUGUGCACAGACCCGGGAGCCGUGCCCAAAGGAAACGCUACCAAAGAAUUCAUCGAGAGCCUGCAGCUCAAACCGGGCCAGGUGGUGUACAAGUGUCCCAAGUGCUGCAGCAUCAAGCCGGACCGAGCUCAUCACUGCAGUGUGUGUAAACGCUGCAUCAAGAAGAUGGACCACCACUGUCCCUGGGUGAACAACUGUGUCGGAGAGAGCAACCAGAAAUACUUUGUGCUCUUCACAAUGUACAUUUCACUAAUAUCCUUACAUGCACUCAUCCUGGUGGCUUUUCAUUUUGUGCUCUGCUUUGAAGAUGACUGGACAAAGUGCAGCAACUUCUCUCCACCAGCGACGGUCAUCCUCCUCAUCCUCCUCUGCUUUGAAGCUCUCCUCUUUUUGAUCUUCACCGCCGUCAUGUUUGGGACUCAGGUUCACUCCAUCUGCAGCGAUGAGACGGGUAUCGAGCAGCUGAAGAAGGAGGAGCGACGAUGGGCCAAGAAGUCUAGAUGGAUGAAUCUGAAGGUGGUGUUUGGCCAUCCCUUCUCCGUAGCCUGGCUGAGCCCGUUUUCUAAACCCGACCACGGCAAGGCGGACAUGUACCAGUACAUAGUGUGAGAGCCGGAACCGAAGCGGAGCUCUGCUGCUGUGGAAUAAGACUGAUCGGUCCCGGGUCUCACGUCCUGUCGGCAGGACCUGAAUGAGCAUGAACUCCUUUCAACCACAUACACAUUUUCUUUCAUUUAUUGAAAUUUCAGGGUAUUCUAGUGUUGUUGUUUUUUUUUAUAUUGUCACCUUCUUUACAUUUGACAGUUUCCCUCUUGGUGCUGACUGAGAUUAAUGACCUGUAGCUCAUCAAAACCAACUGAGCAACUUGAAAAGGAGCACUUAAGAAGAGUUGGUGAAACGACACAGAGAGAGUUGCGCCUUCCACAGAGUCCAUGUUCCUGCAUCAUUUCCUGCUUCCAAUACUAAACAAUGGGAACUUAAGUGCAGGAGUUUUUGUUUUGCCGGAACAGCACUUUGUUUUUGUUUUUUUCCACCAUCUCUGUGAUCCUGUCCUGUUUCUUUCUGUAUUUCUCUUGAUUCCCUAGUAUUUAGCUGGAUGCUGCGGAUCAUGUUGCCUUAGAACAGUGCAUUAGUGAACGGUGGCAUCUAUUGUUUUUAAAAGAAAUGUUAUUUUUUGCCUUAAUGUGAAGGUCAGGGUGAGACACCAGUUCAUAUUGUUUUACAUCCAGAGUAAAUCGGGAAAGUAGUCUGACUUGUGGUCAGACUACUUUUACAACAUUAGAACAAAUCACAUGUAAGAACAAUAGGAAGAUGUUUUUAGUGCUGUCAGAAGAAGUAGAGAAGCUUAGUCUCACAGUGGCCAGUUAAAGUCUUAAUCCUUAAGAUUUUAGUCCUGGCUGAUUGGCUUUAUUUACAUUGCAACCAAACAAACUCAUGCUGCUUUAAUUAAGAAGUGGGUCAAUAAUUAGUACAUUUUACAUGAUCAUCAGCAAAUUAGAUCUGAUUCAUGCUGCACAAGUAGUAUACCACAAUAGAAAGUUUAUAAAGACGAACGACGAUUAUCCGCUUCCUCCUGCUAUCCAGAAAUGAUGUGUCCCAUCCACAAACAUGGGGAAGGGGCCAAUGGUCUUACUCAGUCAGUGCUGCUUGCUCGUCAGUGCCAACUCUUGCGACAAAUCAAUUGUUUCCUUUGAUUCCUUCCCAGUGAAAGCGGGUGAGUGUUUUGCAAGUUGAGUGCUUUUAUUGUGAAGAGUAAAUGUAAAGAGUGUCAGGAAACACAGCACAGAAUUUAAAUGAAUUUGCAGAAAUGAGUGAAAGAAAAUAGACGUGAGACACGUUUCCUUGCACAUCGGUUCUAAGAGACAGUUGGUCUGUAUUUGCAGAAAAUGAUGUUUUAAUCCGCAGCAGUUUUCUUUGUCUCUACAGUGGAUGUACACAAUGAGUGUUUCGUGAUUUAUUUUUGUUACACUAAGUCAAUUACCGGUGACCUUUGUGUCAUUUAGUUUUUAUCAUUUACACAAACUUUUCCACCUCAGCCAAGCGUAAAAACAUUUAAAAUAGCUGUUUUGUUGUAAAAAGUUAGUAUUGAUUUCAGGACAAUCUUUAUGAUUACAACUUUAAAAUCCGAGACAUUGCAGGUGAAGACAAUUGUUUCUAAUCUGAGAGGAAACACGUGGAGCGCUCUGUGUUAAACUCCCUUCAGGCAGUUUGACCGGCGUCCUUUUGUUUAUUUGACGCGUCUGUGCAGGAGACAACCUUUUCGCUUUGAUCAUCAUCAUCAGUCACCAGCUUAGAUGGGAAAAGUCAGGGAAUAAAAAAAAAAAAAGGUGUUGCUCUCCGAAUGCACUGAAGUGUAAUUGACACGCUCUUGUUUGACGGAAUUAGUUUAUGGCUAAUCGUGUUUGUCAUAGCUGGUGGACGUGAGCCUGGCUGGAGGCAGCGGUGAAGCCUUACAGGGUGAAAGUGUCAUUAAAAGUUUGGAAAACGUUUGCCUGGAAGAAUAAGUCUAGAAAUGCCCGUUUCACUUGUCACAGCUGCAGACUUUGCCCGGGCCACCCGGUGUGACAAGGAGAAUUUCACCCGGACAGGAAACAUGCCACUUCCGAACAUUUCCACACAAACAAACAAACAAACAAGGCCUUUGCCCAGAUGUGUCUGAACGCCUUACUUAUUACUGCAUCAUGCUUUUAUAGAUGAUGAGCAGAAACCUGAGAACAUGAACCUACAUGUUGCCAAAUUGAACCACCUUGAUCGACGGAGGCAGUGUAGUGACCAUUUCAAGUGUAGAGCAUGCAUUGUCAGGAGUUUGACGUUUUCUUAGAUUUUUUUAAAUCACUAGGAGUUUUUUUAAUCGAUGUCCAAACGUUGCUACACGGUGCACAGACACAGUAAACCAGCGUUCUUCUUCUUCUUCGACGUGCUGUGUGUCGGGUUUGAAUUCCCCAAGGACCACGAUAUGUUUUUUCUUUGUUAAUUUUUGACUGUGGUAUGUUUAAAUGGGAAUGAAAUAAAACUAUGUGACUGCUUUAUA